GUCAUGACGCCGCGGACUAUGGCGGAAUGUAGCCGAGUUGACAGCAGCAAGGCGAGUAGUGGUCAUACAAUGGAUAAAAGCAUCACUCUCCCUCCAGACGAAAUAUUCCGCAACCUGGAGAACGCCAAGCGGUUCGCCAUCGACAUAGGAGGAUCCCUCACAAAGCUCGCCUACUAUUCCACUGUGCAGCACAAAGUGGCCAAAGUCCGAUCUUUCGACCACUCUGCGAAGGAGGCACCAGGAGGAGACAAACUGUACGAGAUAUCCGUGCAGGAGGAAGUGACGGCGCGCCUGCACUUCAUCAAGUUCGAGAACGCCUACAUUGAAACGUGCCUGGACUUCAUCAAAGACCACCUGGUCAACACGGACACCAAAGUCAUCAAGGCCACGGGCGGCGGGGCGCACAAGUUCAAAGACCUCCUGGAAAGGAAGCUGGGACUCAGAGUGGACAAGGAGGAUGAGAUGACGUGUCUCAUCAAGGGAUGCAACUUCGUGCUGAGGAACAUUCCCCACGAGGCCUUCGUGUACGCCAAACACGCCGACUCCGAGUAUCGCUUUCAAACGACUCACCCGGACAUCUUUCCUUACCUGCUCGUUAACAUCGGCUCCGGGGUGUCCAUCGUCAAGCCUGAAGCAGAGGGGGAGGUACGUUUACCCCCUCUGACGUCACGACGUAGCCAUACUGCAAAACUCUACAAAUUGAAGCAUUUAAAAGUCGAGUCCGAGGACAGAUUUGAGCGUAUAGGAGGAAGCUCAAUAGGUGGAGGAACCUUCUGGGGCCUUGGGGCUUUGCUCACCAAAACCAAGAGAUUUGACGAGCUGCUGCAGCUGGCCUCCAAGGGGCAGCACACCAGCGUGGACAUGCUCGUCAAAGACAUUUACGGAGGAUCCUAUGGAUCUUUGGGACUUACAGGGGAUCUGAUUGCCAGCAGCUUUGGAAAGUCUGCCACUGCUGACACAGAGUUCUCCAAAGAAGACAUGGCCAAGAGUUUACUCCACAUGAUCAGCAACGACAUCGGGCAGCUGGCCUGCCUCUACGCCAAACUCCACGACCUGUCGCGGGUCUACUUUGGAGGGUUCUUCAUCAGAGGACAUCCAGUCACCAUGCACACCAUCACCUACAGCAUCAACUUCUUCACCAAGGGCGAAGUUCAAGCCUUGUUCCUGAGACACGAAGGCUAUCUGGGGGCCAUCGGAGCGUUCCUCAAAGGAGCAGAGGAGGACAAUCCGAACCAGUACAGCUGGGGAGAGAAUUAUGCAGGAAGCUCGGGACUGAUGAGUAUAUCUCCUGAUAUGAAUCCCAUGCAACGUGCGCGUAGCGGAACGUUUGACAUGCUGGAGAUGGACCGGCUGGAGCGGCAGCUGGUGAAUCUGUCUCUGCUGCAGGACCCCUCGUCUUACAUCCCCGACACGGUGGACCUCACAGAGGAUGCCCUGGCCCGCGAAUACUGGCUCGACUGCUUCGAGGAGGCCUUAGACGGGGUGGUGAAGAGGGCGGUAGCGAGCCAGCCCGACAUGCCCGAGUCGCUGGAGCGAGCCGAGAAGUUCCGUCAGAAGUACCGACACAAGCUUCAGACCCUGCGCCACCAGCCCUUUGCUUACGGAUCCCUGACCGUCAGAAGUCUGUUAGACACGCGGGAACACUGUUUAAAUGAGUUCAACUUCCCUGACCCCUACUCCAAGAUCAAGCAGAGGGAGAACGACGGCGCUCUCAAGUUCUACCGGAAAGCCGUGCGGUCUCUGGAGGCUCUGAGCUGGGAGGAGAGGCAGUUUGCGCUGGUCAGGGGCGUCCUGGCCGGGAAUGUCUUCGACUGGGGAGCCAAGGCCGUGUCCGACGUCCUGGAAUCCGACCCCGAGUUUGGUUUUGAGAAAGCCAAAAGGCAACUGGAAGAAAGACCCUGGCUUGUUGAUUCAUACGACCAGUGGUUCCGCAGACUUAAGGGACGCCCUCACAAGUGCGCCUUGUUUUUCGUAGACAAUAGUGGAGUAGACAUCAUUCUAGGAGUGAUGCCCUUUGUCCGGGAGCUUCUUUCUCGGGGCACGGAGGUGGUCCUGGCCAGCAAUUCGGGUCCGGCUCUAAACGACGUGACAAACGGAGAACUGCAGAUUCUGACGGAGAAGAUUGCCGCCAUGGAUUCAGUCAUCCAGGCGGGGCUGCGGGAGGACCGGUUGACUUUGAUCCCCAGCGGUUCCAGUUCUCCCUGCUUGGACCUGAGCCGUCUGGACAAAGUCCUGGCCGUGGUGGCGCGGGAGCGGAACACGGACCUUGUGAUCAUCGAGGGCAUGGGCCGAGCCAUCCACACCAACUACUACGCCACGCUCAGCUGCGAGAGCCUCAAGAUGGCCGUCAUCAAGAACUCCUGGCUGGCCGACCGCCUGGGAGGGAAGCUGUUCAGCGUGGUCUUCAAAUACGAGGUGCCGGCGGGGAAAGACUGUCCGCCGCAGGCCGCGGCGCCGACGUCACCGCCAGCUCACCGGGACUGAAGGCGUGGCGAGGCCGGCGUUCUGAAUGUAAGGACAUGAGUGGAUGUUUUUAAAGCAAUCAAUCAAGCACAGGGACCUAUUUCUUGGACUUCACCGCACACGCUGCUGUGAUCCCAACCUCACCGAGAACGUGCACUUCUCUGGACGGCCACUUGGUGUCAGUCUGCAUCCUGGAAGAUUGUUGGCAAGUUCACCAAAGUGUGAAUGCAGCAUCUUCCUUUCAGAGCCAGAGAGGGACUGGGAGCCCCUUUGCCCACUAAAAUGGUAAGUCAGCAUUAUUCCAUGAAAAGUCUUCAUUACGAGGUGAAAAGUCUUCACUGUGAGAUAAAAAGUCAAUUAUGAGAUAAAAAAAAAAGUCAUCACUGUGAAAUAAAGUCUGAAUUGUUAGAUUAAAAUGUCUGAAUUAUCCGAUAAUAAAAGAUCGAAGUUAUGAGAUAAAGUAAUAAUUAUGAAAUCCAUCCAUCUUCUUCUGCUUAACCGAGGUGGGGUCGCGGGGGCAGCAGCCUAAGCAGGGAAUCCCAGACUUCCCUGCUUAGGCUGUUCCCGACCCACUUGGUCCAGCUCCCCCCGGGCGUUCCCAGGCCAGCCGGGAGACAUAGUCUUCCCAAUGUCUCCUGGGUCUUCCCCUUGGUCUCCUACCGUAAAAAGUCUAAUUAAGUAAAUAAAAAAUUGAGAAAUUAUGAGAUAAAGCAGGGGUAGGGAACCUAUGGCUCGGGAGCCAGAUGUGGCUCUUUUGAUGACAGCAUCUGGCUCUCGGAUAAAUCUGAGCUGACAUUGUGUAACACGAUAAGUAAUGAAUAAUUCCACUUACAAUCACAGUGUUAAAAAUAAUUUUCUAAAUAUAAAACAUUCUCAUGCAUUUUUAAUCCAUCCAUCCGUUUUCUACCGCACCUGUUCAAAAAGUUGCGUUAAUGGUAAGAAGUUAUUAUUGGUUAGUGUGGGGCUUGUCCUCCUGGGGGUUCUUCAGACCACCAAGUACCGACAUGAGAGCCUGUUUCAGGGUUACAAUAUAUAUAUUUUUUUCAAUAAGUCUCUCAGUUGCUUUCCAGCAAUUUUCUUUUUCUCUUUCGUUCUCGCUCGCGCUCUGGCUCCAGCCCCAACCCCGUCUCUCCUCCUGGCUGCUGCUUAUAACAGAGCGACAGGUGAUUAGGUAGCAAGGCUCAGGUGGGCCAUUUACGCACCUGUUGCUUAUUCAGAGGCCGGUCCUGGCACACCCCAGCUCGCUGCAGGCCGGCAGGCCACGCCCCCUCCACAGUUAGCUUCAGAAUAACAAUGUUAUUACAAAGAAUAAGAGACCUAUUAUACUCUAGAAAUGUUGGUCUUACUUAAAAAUGCACGUGUUUAUUUGUGUUCAGUGUUAAAAAAAAUAUAUGGCUCUUACGGAAAUACAUUUUAAAAUAUUUGGCCUUGUGGCUCCCUCAGCCAAAAAGGUUCCCGACCCCUGAGAUAAAGGGUCCCAGUGUGCCAUUACUCUCUCAUAAUUUCCACUUUCUAUUUAAAUAUUUCGACCUUUUAUCUCAUAAUUUCAACUGUCUUAUCUCAUAAUUAACUUUGUAUCUCAUAACUCUGACUUAACCUAUAAUUUUGACAUUGUAUAUCAUAAUUUCUACUUUAUGUCACAAUAUCGACUUUCUAUCCCAUAAUUAUGACUUUUUAUCUCAUAGUAUAACAUUUCUUAUCUCAAAAUGUACUUUUAAUCUCAUAAUUCUGACGUUAUAUCUCAUAGUUAUGAUUUGAAUCAUGUUGAUGAGAUUAAAGGUCAUAAUUUUGAGAUAAAACAUCCGAAUUAUUAGAUUAAAGUAUCUGUAUUAUGAGAUAAAAGUCGAAAAUAUGAAUUAGUUAUAAUUAUGAGUAAUAUUUAAAUACAAAAAUUAAAAUUAUGAGAAAAAAGUCACUGUGUACCAAUACAACUAUGUCAUCAUUUAGACUUUUUAUUUAAUUAUUUAGACUUUUUAUCUCAUGAUUUCAACUUUCUUAUCGCAUAAUUAACUUUAUCUCCUAAUUCAGACUAUUAUCUUAUAAUUAUGACUUUUUACUCAACAUUAUGACAUUUUCUCUCACAAUUGCAACUUUUUAUCGAUGAGGUGGCGACUUGUCCGGGGUGUACCCCGCCUUCCGCCCGAUUGUAGCUGAGAUAAGCGCCAGUGCCCCCCGCGAACACCGAAAUGGAAUAAGCGGUAGAAAAUGGAUGGAUGGAUGGAUCACACAAAUAGGACUUUUUAGCUCAUAAGAAUGACUUGUUUUAUCUCAUAAUAUCAACUUUCUUAUCUCAUAAUUUCAACUUUCGGAACUCAUAAUAAACUAAUUAUGUUUUAUCUUAAAAUUUCUGCUUUCUUAUGUCACAAUUUCGACUUUCUAUCUCAUAAUUUCGCCUUUUUAUCCCAUAAUUGUGACUUUAUCUUACAAUUUUGACUUUUUAUCCCAUAAUUGUGACUUUAUCUUACAAUUUUGACUUUCUAUCACAUAAUUUCAACUUUCUUAUCUCACAAUUGACUUUUUAUCUCAUAAUUCUGACGUUCUAUCUCUUUAUUAUGACUUAAAUCAUAUUUAUGUGAUAAAAGUUAUGUCACAAUUUUGACUUUUUAUCUUAUAAUUAUGACUAUAAUAGAGAGGUAUCCGAUAUUAUCGGCCAAUAAAUGCUUUAAAAUGCAAUAUCGGAAAUUAUCGGUUUCAAAAAGUAAAAUGAAUGACUUUUUAAAACGCCGCUGUGUACACGGACGUAGGGAGAAGUACAGAGCGCCAAUAAACCUUAAAGCCACUGCCUCUGCAUGCCGGCCCAGUCACAUAAUAUCUACGGCUUUUCACACACACAAGUGAAUGCCAUGCAUACUUGGUCAACAGCCAUACAGGUCACACUGAGGGUGGCCGUAUAAACAUCUUUAACACUGUUACAAUCAUGCGCCACACUGUGAACCCACAGCAAACAAGAAUGACAAACACAUUUCGGGAGAACAUCCGCACCGUAACACAACAUAAACACAACACAACAAACACCCAGAACCCCUUGCAGCACUAACUCUUCCGGGACGCUACAAUAUACACCCCUUGCUACCAAACCCCAACCCCGCCCACUUCAACCUCUUCACGCUCCCCGGGAGAGCAUGUCCCAAAUUCCAAGCUGCUGUUUUGAGGCAUGUUAAAAAGAAGAAUGCACUUUGUGACUUCAAUAAUAAAUAUGGCAGCGCCAUGUUGGCAUUUUUUUACAUAAAUUGAGUUGAUUUAUUUUGGAAAACUUUGUUCCAUUGUUUAAUGUAUCCAGCGAGGCAUCACAACAAAAUUAGGCAUAAUAAUGUGUUCAUUCCACCACUGUAUAUAUCGUUAUCAGUUGAUAUCGGAAUUGGUAAUUAAGAUUCGGACAAUAUCGGAAUAUCGGCAAAAAAGCCAUUAUCGGACAUCUCUACUUUAAUAUCAUAAUUACGGCUUUUUAUCUCAUAAUUUUGACUUUAACUCCGAACUUUGAUUUUUUAUUUCAUCAUUUCUAUUUUUUUAAUCUCCUAAUUAUGACUUUUCAUCUCAUAAUAUCAAAUGUCUUAUCUCAGAAUGUACUUUUAGUCUCAUAAUUCUGGCGUUUUAUCUCUUAUGACUUAAAUCAUAUUUGAGAUAAUAAUUAUCUCACACUUUGGAGUUUUUAAUCUUAUAAUGAUGACUCUAAUAUCAUAAUUUUUAAUCUUCGUUAAUUUUCAAACUUUAAUCUCGUUAUAUGCAAAUAUAAUUACAACAAAGUAUAUUCUACUUUAUUCUAUAAUUAAAAGUUUUUAUCUCAUAACUUUUUUUUAAUCUCAUAAUUUCAUUUUUUAUCUCAUAAUUUCGAUUUUUGGACUCCUUCCUAAUUUUGAUGUAUUUUAUCUCGCAAUUUUGAUUUUUUUUUUUAAUCUCAUAAUUGACUUUUUAUCUCAUAAUUCUGACAAAUAUCUCAAAAUUAUGACUUUUUAUCUCAUAAUUUCAACUUCCUUAUCUCAAAAUUGACUUUGUAUCUCCUAAUAAGACUUCCCAUUGGGUUAUUUGUAUAGUGGUGGAAAGGGGCUUCCAUAAUUUCAUGAACAUCCAUCCAUCCAUUUCUACCGCUUGUCCCGUACCAUCAGAUUGAAAGACCAUUUGUCAUUCCUGUGAAGGCUCCAGUGUUUCAAUGAAGUGUCGAGUCCUGGCAGUGUUCACCAGUCAGGCUGCUGCAGGAUGCACGCCCGUCCACUAGGUGGCAGUGUUCUUCUGUGAAGGCUGCUGCAGGAUGCACGCCCGUCCACUAGGUGGCAGUGUUCUUCUGUGAAGGCUGCUGCAGGAUGCACGCCCGUCCACUAGGUGGCAGUGUCUCAGACUCUAAGCUGUGAUUUGGUUCUCAGGUGAGACAUAGAAGGCUCCAUUUCUAGUAUCUCAGCACCUUUACUGUUUUAAUAGAAAACACAUUUGUCACCUUAUUGUGUUUUCUGUGAAAGAAGACUGCAUUUGA